GUUCCUCAAAGGUUCAUGUCGCUCUGUCACUCUUGGUGGCAAUAUCUUUACAAACACUCUAGUAGUACCACCUCAGCCACAUCAAAAUGGUAGCUGCUGAACAGGAGAACAAGACUUUCCCCGCCUGGGACGGCGCCGCCUCGACUAGCCUAUACCAAGGCACCUCGCUGGGCCCAUACCACCUCGCCCACCGCAUCGCCAUGGCUCCUCUCACCCGGCUUCGAGCGGACGGGGUGACCAGGGUUCCCGGUGACAAGUCUGCCGAGUACUACGCUCAACGAGCGAGUAAGGGCGGGCUGAUCAUCUCGGAAGCCACCAUCGUCUCUGAAGCCGGAGGUGGCUACCCGGGCGCUCCUGGUAUCUUUACCCCUGAACAGGCUAAAGUGUGGAAGGAGAUCAACGACGGCGUUCAUGCCAAGGGUGGAAUCAUCUUCUGCCAGUUCAUCUUCCUCGGACGAGUUGCGGACCCGGGCAACGUCCCGUACGUCUCGGCAGUGUCCGAUAUCCCUGCCGACAAGGAUAGCAAGGCCGAGUUGCACGUCGUCACCGAGCAGGACUUGGAGACUAUCUUGAAAGAGUUCAAGAACGCCGCCGAGUUCUGCAAGGAGGCUGGAUUUGAUGGUAUCGAAUUGCACGGAGCCAACGGUUACUUUAUCGACCAAUUCUUGCAAAGCGUAUCCAACCAGCGAACCGACCAAUACGGAGGCUCCGUCGAGAACCGCAUGCGAUUCCCCUUCAAAGUCAUGCAAACCCUCGCCUCUGUCUACCCAUCCAACAAGCUCGCCAUCCGUCUCUCCCCCUUCUCCACCUUCCAAGGCAUGCGAGAACCCGACCCAUACGAGACCUUUAUCCCGUGGACCGAAAAACUCAUGUCCACCUGGCCUGACCUCGCUUACGUGCACGUCAUAGAGAGCCGGAUCGCCGGGAACACGGAGACGGAUCCAUCGGGGGACGAUGACAAGGACAGCGUCAAGCCGUUCAGGGAGAUCGUAGAGAAGAAGAGUGGGGGGAAGACCAAGUUCAUGACCGCUGGAGGGUGGGACCCGAAGAGCGCGGCGGAGCAUUCGAAGCAGUUCCCAGAAGACUUGAUCGCGUUCGGGAGGUACUUUAUCGCCAACCCGGACUUGCCUGAGCGAAUCAAGCUCGGACACCCCUGCCGACACUGGGACCGUGACACCUUCUACUCGCCUGGACCCGAGGGAUACACCGAUCAACCAACGUACCAACAGGAGAUCGAGACCAAGGCUUGAUCAUAGAUGCGAAAAGGCCGUAUACCUAGAUGCCGACUGUAUCCCUUCUUAGAUGAUCAAGAUGGAAAACUUAUAAAGCUGACA